CGCGGACUACAGACAGGAUUAAGCUACACUGUUAGCAAUGUCAGGUGUUGAGGAAAUUCAAAAUGAAAUUGUAGAAAUCCAGGAGGACAAAGACUUUGAUGUAGAGACUGAGGACCACCUCGGGGAUGAAUACUUUAUCGACCCGACUCGAUAUAUAUUUUACAGAGACAGAAAGGAGUGGGCUGACCUGGAGCCUGUUCCUCAGGAUGAUGGACCUAAUCCUGUAGUGAAGAUCGCCUACUCUGAAAAGUUCUCAGAUGUAUAUGACUAUUUCCGUGCACUCCUGAAGAACGAUGAAAGAAGCGACCGGGCUUUCGCCUUGACAGCAGAUGCCAUUGAGCUAAACGCUGCCAAUUACACAGUUUGGCACUACAGGCGAGUACUGCUGCAAGCCCUGUCUAAGGACCUGAGGGAGGAGAUGAGGUACAUUACUAACAUCAUCGAGGAGCAACCCAAAAACUAUCAAGUCUGGCACCACAGACGUAUGGUGGUAGAGUGGUUGAAUGACCCCUCGGAAGAACUGGAGUUCAUUGCGGACAUUCUCAGCCAAGAUGCAAAGAACUACCACGCCUGGCAGCACAGACAGUGGGUCAUCCAGGAGUACAAACUGUGGGACAAUGAGCUGGAGUUUGUGGAGAAUCUGCUGGAAGAGGAUGUGAGGAAUAACUCUGCGUGGAACCAGAGGCAUUUUGUAAUUUCUCACACUACAGGCUUCUCUGAUCCAGCCAUAGUGGAAAGAGAGAUUCAGUACUGUCUGAACCAGAUCAAGAAGGCUCCCCACAAUGAAAGCGCGUGGAACUAUUUGAAAGGGAUGCUGCAAGACCGAGGUCUGUCGUCUGCACCGGGCCUGCUGGAGAGGGUCCUUGAGCUGAAGGAGACUCAUUGUUCCUCUUACCUUCUAGCAUUUCUGUUUGAUUGCUACGAGGACGCCUUGGAGAACAGCAGCCAAAAAGAAAAUGCAGCAGAAGAGGAACGAAAGGAAACUUUAGGAAAGGCUCUAGAAAUUUGUCAACUUCUGGCUCAGGAGAAGGACACCAUCCGCAAGGAGUACUGGCUGUUUUUGGGACGAUCUUUAAAGAACAAACACGGAAACGGUGGUCUCUCUGAUGAGCCUCUGACGGAUGAUCCUGAAGCAGCAGUCCCAGCAUCUGGGCAGCAGGAGACGAGCUAGACCACGCAUCUAUAAUUUCUGUCUUUUGUUGUGUUUGACAGCAGUUCCCGCAUACUGAUCAACUCCUGCUAAUGUGUUUUCACCCACACGUAUUUCAGUUAAAUGUUUGCGAUAUGGUAGGCACACGUUAAUAACUAAUGAAAGAAAAAAUGCUAGCAGGAGCCUUCUGACAUUUAUUUGCAUUUCUUUGUGUUGUGUUUUUUUAAAUAAAUUAUGUUAGUUUUGUUGCAAUUCUUGAAUUUCCAGAUUAACAGAUAUUUUUGAAUGGACAGUCAUCUCAAAAGACUUUGAAUGGUGCAUAGUGUGCUUGUAAACGCACUCUUUAUACAAAUCCUGGAUUAUGUCUUGGUCGUAGAGAAUACAUGUAGCUAUGUUUGAAUGGAGGGCAGCAGAAAGAAUCAUGAAGCAUAACAAUAAAACUCUUUGUAGUA